GUGAUAGGUAUGAUUAAAAAAUUACUUCUACAUUAUGCUUCUACAUCUAUCUAAUGUCGGAUAUAUUUCUUUGUCUUUGCACGAAACUAAUUCCAUUGUACUGUUUGCCCCUCUUUCAGUUUUGACAAUAUUAAGGGAGUGUAAACAUUUUUCUCAGCACGAAGCGUCGGUAAAUGCAGCACGCGGAGGUGCAGCCGAGAGAUUGGCUAGAAUAAGUAACAGUGGAUCGGCAGGGGCUCCGUGUAUAAGUACAAGUUGCUACAGUAGUUCUGGCGCUUCUGAUAACAGUGAUGAUGAACUUGUUGGUCACGGUAUCAUUGGCUUUUCCAGUGGAGGCACUGGAUCUAGCUCCAGCAGCUCGAAAUAUCAGUCAAGUUCCCAGCACGAAUUCGUACAAAGUGCGGUUCCCGUCUAUCCUGUGAUCAGCGGUGGUAAAUCCAGUUACGCGAGUUCUUCGCAACGUCACAGCGCGUCUAGUGUUAGUGCUGGUCAGCCACUAAAUUAUGUUGCAGGAACAGAUGGUAUCAAAGCCAGGUCCAACUUAGGGUCCUCGAUUAUACACCCAAUUAUUGCAUCUGCUUACCCGAUUGGUCAGGGUUUAUCACAUGAUAGCUUUUCGACUAGAGUUUACGCUGGUCCAGUCGAUGUCAGUAACGCGUAUAGAACGAGAUCAAGCUUCGCAUCGCAAAGAGAAUCCUCAUCAGUUGUUCAGCCAGCUCCGGUUUAUAGCGCGGGUGAACAAGCGUCCAAAUAUGUUGCUUCUGGUAGACAGACUGAAUACCGACAAUCAACUCCUUUAAACACUUACGUGGCAUAUGGAAGGCCCAUGUCAGAGUACUCUGCAGGCGAAAGUUCUGCCCGGUUCGCUAACAGUGACGGUGCUGUUUAUACGCCAGUGCAAGUAAACCCAGUGCGAACUUCCAGUCAACAUUCAUCCAUUAAUGAACAACAACAACAGUCUUAUACUUCUACCGCCACUACACCUCGGCCUCUUUAUGUGAGUUCUUCGGAUCAAUCUUCUCAAACAGGGUCCUAUUACCGGGCGUCUUCUAGUUAUCGUCCAGUCUAUCAACCAGUCUACACCAACCGGCUGUCCACAUCUAACAAAGAAGAAGAAGAUGAAUACGAGAAUCAUACCGAAGAAAGUGUUGUUCCUAUUGUUACAACCCCGGUUCAUUCAUCCUUGAACAAUACUUCUACCGCCACUACACCUCAGCCUCUAUAUGUGAGUUCUUCGGAUCAAGAAGAAGAUGAAUACGAGGAUCAUACCGAAGAAAGCGUUGUUCCUAUUGUAACAACACCUGUCGUCAGGUCGUUAUCAUCAGAGCAGCACAAGGAGCGACAUGAAGAUUACAGUCACAGAGGAAGCACCUACACUCCAGUUUCUGUGAACACAAGCUUAGCUGCUUCUCAAAACGACAGUCAACGUCAUUCUCAGUCAGGCACGACCUAUGUACCGACAGUAGGAGGAUCAACAGCAUCUGGGUCAUCGCAUUACUUGUCACAAGAUCGCCGACAAAAGCAAAAAGUAUCGUACGUUUCGAUAACUUCGACGGUUUCUCCAUCCUCCGGGUCGAAGUAUUCUGCAUACGAACAUCGUCAACAACAAGGACAAUGGUACGUCCCUGUCGUUUCCGGAGUAAAAUCAGUUUUUUCAUCAGCAUCUAGAGAUACCGCGCAGGAACGACAUCAACAGCAGCUAGGUGGAGGUUCCUGUUACCCAGUUGGUGCUGCUAAUCAGGAUUCUCGUUAUUCGGCUUUUGGAACGGCAAGUGGCUUUAACCAACAGCAGCAGGUUAGAAGUGAUGGCUUCAUAUUAUAUCCGAUUACUAACAAUGCUUUGGGGCAACGUCUCGGAUCGGAUGGAUUUCCCCUAAUCGACAACAGUGACUUGAGAGAACUGAUGAGCGAAUCGGAACGGUUGGCAAGGUUGCAAGCGAAAAACACUCAUAACGGUGCUAUUUCCGGUAGUUCCAUUAUGAAUGCGGUGAAUCGAUUCGAAGAUGCCAGUAGCAGUGGGGGCGUUGAUACCAGCUCCGGUGCUUUCAAACGAACCAAAUCGUGGUCAAGUAGCUCCAAGUGGGCAUCGGAACAAAGGUAUGAUGAUGCGGGUAAGACUAAAGUGUACAGUUCUUUGUCAACAGCUGAGAGUGGACAGCACAACAUUGGUGGAAAGCAAACUGGCUACAAAGUUGCCACCACCACGUUUGACGAUGAUGGAAAAGUUAGCACAUAUAGCCUCCACACACCGUAGAAUAUUUCUAUAUCUUCUUAGUUUUCAAGCUGUUGGACUGAAAUAAAGUACAUAAACUGCUGUCAGUAGUAUACGUAUGUUUGUGUGUUAAAGAAUUUGAAAAUCUUAUAAUUGUCAUACUUAAACAUUGUUGUUGCGUUAAUCAUGUAAUAAUCCAUUAUAUGUUAAAUU